AUGUCUCUAAAUAACGUAAUUUUCAACGUAGGAGGGACAAAAUUUGAAAUAUCAACCAGUUUAUUACAAAAAUAUCCCAAUUGUAAACUAUCUGCCCUUACUAAUAAGGCUUCUUCUGAAAUCUUUAUUGAUCAUAAUCCUUUGGCAUUUGGGGUGAUCCUCGAUUACCUUCGUUCUAACAAAUUAUUAGUACCAAAAUAUGUUGCCAAAGAAGUUGUUGAACUACAGUUAAAAGAGUUUAAUAUACCUUAUGAUAAAAUUAUCGAACCAGAUAUUAUGAACAAAGAUGAUAUUUUACCUAGUUAUGAAUCCGCUAUUGGUGGAUUUACUGCUCCUUAUAGAGAUGAAAAAAAGAUUUAUCAAACUUCUUUAAAAGAAACGGUUAUCAAUACCGGUAUAAGGAGAUUGGAAACGUUGAUUCAAGAUGUCAUUCUUCCGUACUUGAAACGUCAUGCUAAACGUGGACAUCGACAAGUAACAUUUUAUUUGACGCCAAGUAUAAUCACACCUGAAAAUCUUACAACGGAUCUAACGGAUCCACAUGAAUGGAUUCAUCUUCCACACUCCUCACAAUCCCAAUUAACUCGCUCCUUUAAUUCUGUUGAGAAAGCUGACGAUGAGGAAGAUUAUGAUGAUUUGCCUGAUAUCAAAUUUUUGUUACAAAAUGAUACCUUGGAUAAAUUACAAGAUCUUAUUAUCACAAAGUCUGGCGUUAAAAAGGUUAUUGCCAAACAAACCGAAAUCUGUUGUAGAACUGAAAAUGAAUUCGGUUUAUUGUCAUCGAAAUCUUUUGAAAUUAUUCAAGUUGAUGUGUCAAAUGCACCAUUAAAUCCUUCAACGGCAAUAUUUAACGCAAUAUUACAAAACAAUGUAGGAUUAGUUAGAUCGAUAUUAAAUCAAACGCAGUUUAACCCAAAUAAUCUAAGAAAUAAAGAUGGGAAGACCCCGUUAAUGGUAGCAGCUUGUGAAAACUGCCCUGACGUUGUAAAAUACUUGGUUGGAUUACCAAGCGUAAACAUUGAUUUACAAAAUAAUGAUGGUGAAUCGGCAUUGUAUCAAGCCGCUUCGUUGGGAAAUGUUGAAGUUGUUAAUAUCUUGAUGAAUGCUAAUGCUAACAUUGAAAGUAGUAAUAGAGAAAAUAUAACCCCGCUUAUCAUCGCAGCUUAUAAUGGUCAUGCUGAUGUUUGCCGUGAACUUAUCGAUCACGGUUAUGCCAAUGUGAAUUUUCAAGAUAGUUCUUCUAAAACCGCCUUAUUAUUGGCUUCUUAUGAAGGUCACGUUGAAACCGCUAAAGUGUUACUAGCUCGAGGUGCAAGUGUGUACAAUUCAGAUAAGUAUGGAUGGACCGCGUUAAUGCUCGCUGCUUUUUCUAACCGAGUAGAAAUGUGUCGGUUGUUGUUGGAGCAUGACGCAGACAGAUCGGUUACAGCGGACAAUGGGAAAACAGCGUCUAUACUUGCUCGUGAUGCUGGACAUUUUGACUUGGCAAACAUGAUCGAGAAUUAUCCUCAUCGUUCGAAUGGAAUAUCUUUUCAAGGAUCAGGAAGGGUUCCUACAAUGACGCCGCAACAUCUGAUUGAACAAAAUAAUAUGGUUCAAAACUUUUAUCCAGAGAUUCCAAUCAAUAAUACAAAAGGAUAUUUGAUUCCAUCAUAUCGUAAAGAUUCAAAACGUAUUAGAAUUCAACGUAAGAAUUCAGAACAUCUUAAUUAUACAGAACUUCUUAAUUCUCAAUAUCGUAAUAAUAUUACGGGAAACAAUAAUACAAAUAAUGGGAAAUAUGUAAAGACAACACCGCAUUUAAAAAAUGAAAUGGCACCAAGAGAAAGUAAAACUCCUUGGGUAUUAUUUUCGUUGGCAGUCACGGCAUGUUUUUGUAAUCCUUGCCUUUCCACCAUUGGUAAGAUGAAAGAUCCUAAUGUACGUCAAGCUUGGCGCGAAAAAGUCGCUUUGGUGGUUAUUAUCUUAUUAAUAUCAUCAUUCAUGGGAUUUUUGGCAUUCGGCUUGGCAACCAUCGCUUGUGGAAAACAUAAAGAAACAUUUUAUAAAGAAGAUGUAUUUGAAACAUAUGGAACGAACCAACAGGGUCAAAAAGCGCAUAUUAUUUAUGGCAAACUCUAUGAUACUGGACAAUAUAUACUUUUUGGUAAUCAUCGUCCGUUAACGCCUCCUAUCGAUGAUAAAGAUUUAGAACCUUUAAUAUUUCCAACGUUUGGACAAGAUAUCUCGGAAUAUUUUCCUCAAAAUAAUGAAGAUUUAGGAUGUCCUUUUGCUCCUAAAAAUGGUGGACCCAUAUGUAAUAAAGCGAUUGAAACGAAAGAUCCAUUAUUACAUUGUCAUAUUUCCAACCAUGUCUAUGAAACAUUAAAGUACCUCGAUAUGAAAAUAAGCGUUUCUUAUUCAUGGCAAAAUAUAACUAAAGAUAACAGCACCUUGGUUGUUUAUAAUAAUAAGGUAUAUGAUUUAGGAAACUAUCUUGAUCCUUCAAAUGAUGAUAAGUGGCUUGGAGAUGAUAGCGUUACAGAAUGGCUUCGAGGUCACCUCGGAAAAGAUGCAACAAAAGAUAUUCGUCGCACGAUUAGAGGAAAUAACAUAUCAAAAUGUUUGCCAAAUUUUGAAGUAGGAAUCGUUGAAGGAACAACCAUCGGAUGUUUCGCAAAUAGAUUGAUUAUCCUUUUAAUGUUAGUCGUAUUCACAGGAAUUUCUUUGAUCAAGUUUAUUUCCGCUAUAGCAUUUGAUUGGUUUUUAUCAUGGCAGCUUGGUAAAAUAUCAAAGAAACCAAAGACCGAUGAUACGACUUCACACAUUUUAUUAUUAGUCACGUGUUAUUCGGAAGGUGAACUUUCAAUGCGCACAACGCUUGAUUCAUUGGCCAGUACGGAUUACUCUGACAAGCAUAAAUUAUUAAUCGUAAUCGCUGAUGGUGACAUAACCGGAUCAGAUAAUGAUAAAUCAACUCCGGAGAUAUGCAAGGAUUUAAUUGAACCAUACAAUUUAUCUAAUUUCGAGUCACCGAUACCACAAUCAUACUUAGCCAUAGGAGAAGGUAAAAAGCAACACAACAUGGCAGAAGUCACUAUCGGAUAUUAUAGUUGUAAUGGACAUCGUGUUCCAAUGUGUUUGAUUAAUAAAGUUGGCACACCAGAAGAACGAAAAGGGCUUAAAGCUGGUAAUCGUGGUAAACGAGAUUCACAGCUUAUAUUAAUGAAAUGGCUUAGCAAUAUAUGUUUUAACGAACGUAUGACACCAUUGGAAUUCGAAUUAUUUGAAAAGGUACGAACGUUAACGGGAGUAACACCUGAUAAAUAUGAGAUGAUACUAAUGGUUGAUGCAGAUACGCUAGUAAUGAAGGAUAGCGUUAGUAGAAUGGUUGCAGCAAUGGAACGGGAUCCAAAUGUUAUGGGACUUUGUGGGGAAACGAAAAUAGCAAAUAAGAGAACGAGUUGGGUUACAAUGAUACAAGUAUUUGAAUAUUAUAUAUCGCAUCAUCUUGGAAAAUCUUUUGAAUCAAUGUUUGGUGGAGUAACCUGUUUACCAGGGUGUUUUUGCAUGUAUCGGAUCAAAGCACCAAAAUAUGAUGGAUAUUCCGUUCCCAUACUCGCAAAUCCUGAUAUCGUAGAAUUAUAUUCUUCAAAUACCGUGGAAACGUUGCAUCAAAAAAAUUUGUUGCUCCUUGGAGAAGAUAGGUACCUUACCACUUUAAUGUUGAGAACAUUCCCGAAACGUAAAAUGAUUUAUGUACCAAAGGCGAUAUGUAAAACUGUAGUACCGGAUGAGUUUAAAGUAUUAUUGUCACAAAGAAGAAGGUGGAUCAACUCUACGAUACAUAAUUUGAUGGAAUUAAUUCUCGUACCACAACUUUGUGGAAUUUUCUGUUGUUCCAUGCAAUUUGUUAUAUUUUUGGAAUUAGUUGGAACGGUUAUAUUACCUUCUUCACUAAUAUUUUUGAUAUAUUUGAUCAUUUCCGGUGCCUUUGGUGUUGAUAUUACAUUACCCUUGAUUUUUAUUGCCGCCAUGUUUCUUUUACAAGCGUUUUUGGUCAUAUUUACCACACACAAAGUUGUUUAUGUUAUGUGGAUGUUUGUUUUUAUUUCGGCCAUGCCUAUUUGGAAUUUCAUCUUACCUGCCUACGCGUUCUGGCAUUUCGAUGAUUUUUCGUGGGGUGAAACUCGUAAAAUUUCUGGUGAAGAUAAAGGUCAUGGGGGUGACUCAACUGAUGUAUUUGAAAGAAAUCAGGUUACAAGAAAGAAAUGGAUUGAAUGGAAACGCGACAAUAAUAAUGACAAUAAUCCUUCAAAGAUUCAACAACCGACAACCGUACAAAAUCAACUCCCGUCUCAGAGAGUUUUCCCGGGUGGAUUUGCUCCUCCAAUACCAACCACAAUAACAUCACCACUACCACCACCGAAACCAGCCAAUAUUUAUAAUAACCUUAAUAAUAAUAGUAGCCAUAGUAUAACGGGUUCAAGACCUAUGGGUCCAAGGAGGCCAAUUAAUUCUGCUGGUUCAAAAAACUUUGACAUUAAAUAUUAG